CCGCAAUCAUGCAGGACCCAGUUGAAAAUUUAGCCUUAAGCCUUAUCAAGGGUCACUCCGCUGUCGAAGGUGUGCUCAACCUGAAGGAGGGUCCACCUGGAGUCCGUCGUGAAGACCGUCAGGGUCAGCGGAAAUACAUUCGGGAUAACAUCAAUCCCAAAUUCCGCCGUGCAGUGGGAGUCCCCGAAGAUAGUCCCAUUCGAGUUCCAUGGGGAUCACCAGUGAAGCUCAUCACCAAGUAUUUUGUCCGGCCCAUUGGAUACCCUCUCAAGAGACCCCUCACUGAUCCCAGUAAGCUCACGAUGGAGGAACUCUGGAUAGUAGUCUGUGCUGUCUAUCAGGAUAUUUUCAAAUUCCGUAGACUUACUUAUGCUGAGCUUCGACUGCUUGAUGCCAAAUUGGAGGAGAGCGUGAGAAUGGGGUUGUAUGAGCCAGAGCGGAAUCGGCAAGAGCGGGCUGACAAAGGAAAUGCACGCGGCCGUCAUAGAAACCCAUUGACAACUCGGAAGACCUAUGGAGGAUAUAUCUGCAGCCCAGAGAUGGUUGCCAUGGGGGAGGAUCCUGAUGAUCCAAUUGAGGAGUUUAGCGAGUAGAUCUAGGGUAGAAUCUGAAAAUAAUACAAUUAGCGAGA